AUGGAUGAGGAUGGGCCAGCAUCUUACGUUUCCAUGGGGGGGCUGAAUACAGAGCAAAUCAAGGAAGUAGUACUAGAGCAGAUGAAGGGCGUUAUUGGGAGGAUCUCCAAGCUGCUGCUGCGGUAUCACGGUCGGCGCGUCCGUUCCACGGAUUCGGUCAGCCUGUUGUUCUUGAGGUUCUUGGAGGUUGAGCUUAGCGACCUUUCUGAAUUACUGAGAGAACUUCCAUUGCCGGAUCGGGAUGGUAGUUAUUAUAUCAAGUCCGCUAUCAUGCCUGAUUGGCUGGAAAAGCAGAGUAACCUGGCUACGGAUUUAUGGAAUGAGCUGUAUAAUCACAAGCAAGCUGGUGCGAUUGGCUGCUUUUGUCGUACUACUGCCAGGAUCCCCUUCUCAAAUCUAUUCCAACUGAAGAAAUUCUUGCGAGAUGUUCCAUCAAUAGUUGAAUCAAGUUGCAGAUACAACCAUCUUCUGCUUGCCGAUGAUGACGAGAUUACUUCUUCAAGGAUGACUAGUCCGUUGCAGCCUCAUCCCUAUGUGGAAACGGCAGCUGGUAGGAAGCCGCUUGUUGGGGUCCAUGGCGCCCUAGGACAUAAGGUGCUCAGGUGGUUCAUGGACGACCAUAAAUGCGACACUGUUAAAAUCAUCUCCAUGGUUGGACCCGUUGGGGUGGGGAAGACAGCUAUUGCCAUGGAGGUCUACCGCAGACUCCAAAGUAGAGGAGGUGGGAAAGGCAACGUAUUGUGCUGCGCUACGGCUAAGGCGUCCCGGUGGCCUGAUAUGAAGAAGCUUCUACUGCACAUUCUCUCACAGAUUGACGAGCGGGCAGCACUAGCACCAGCGUCCAUUGAUGAGCUGGAGCAGCUUAUUCAGAAAAUCAGUGAAUGCCUUCAAGAUAGGAGGUACCUCAUCGUGAUUGAUGAUAUAUGGAAAAUAUCAGAUUGGGAUAUCAUAAAGAAGGCUUUCCCCCGAAAUAACCAAGGGAGCCGGAUAGUGAUAACUACACGUAUCAGAAACACAGCUUGCUGGUGUUGCUCCUGUUUUUUUGGGCUUGUGCACGAGGUUAAGCCUCUGGGUGAGGUAGAUUCAAAAAUGCUACUUUUCAGAAAAGCUUUUGGCUGCGAGGUUGAACACCCACCAGAAAAUUUCAGGCAAGUUUGCACCGAGAUUUUGAGGAGAUGUGAAGGUAUCCCAUUAUUCAUAGAUGGUAUGGCUGGCUGGUUACAAGAACAACAGCAGGAGAUGCAGCAAAACUCUUAUUAUAAUAUGGAAGAUGUCCCCCAGCUGCUACAGAUAUUUGAACAAGCGUUGUCUCCUACUUAUGAUGAUCUCCCUCACAUUAUGAAGGUAUUGGUGCUUUCCAUGAGUAUGCUUCCUGAAUGUUAUAUGUUUGAGACAGAUACACUCCAAUACAAAUGGGAAUUUGAAGAUUUGAUUGAAGUAAAUCGUCACUAUGUCGGGCAAAUUGAAGAGAUAUAUAUUGAGAUAACGGACAUUCAAUAUCUCGAGGUAAUUGAGAUAUUACUUUACGAGCUCAUCAACAGGAAUAUCAUCACCCCAGUGGCAAAUUGGAAAGGACCUACUCAACGGGAGGAUUGGGUAGAUUUUACACUAACUCAUCGACUGGAGGAGGGUUGUCAGUACAAAGUAAAUUACUUUAUGCUACAGUUCCUUGCCUCCAAAUCGGCUGAUAAAGGAUUUGCUUGUACCAGUGGCUGGCUAACCUCGGUAGAAAGAUUAAACAAACACAACGAGAAGCCACGGCGGAUAGCUCUCCACCGAACAGAUCCGGAUAUUGAAAAUUUUCUGAACACAAGGGAUCUUUCGCACACGCGUUCACUAGCUAUCUCCGGUACAGUCGACGGAGUCGCUCUUGAGAAGUUUAUCCAUCUGAUCAUAUUGGACCUUGAAGGUUGGCAGAGCUUGAAGGAUGAAGACCUAUCGCUCAUAUGCAACAAGGGAAUGUUCUUGCUCAAGUAUUUAAGCCUGAGGAACACUAGUGUCAGCAGGCUCCCGCCCGAGAUCAGGAAGCUGCUCGUGCUUCAUACAUUGGUUGCAAGCCACACGCAGAUAAGUGAGCUCCCGAUAGAAGUGUGCGAUCUACAAGAAUUGCAUUCACUGGACCUAAGAAGCACAAAAAUAAGGCACCUGCCAGAGUACAUUUGGAAGGUCCCAUCGCUUGAAACUCUGCUUGUUGGUGGGGAUCGAGUUUACUGCGACCAAACAAUAUCAGAGCUACCAGAGGGAACCAGCGAUCGAACUUCCCUAACCACGCUGGAUACUGUUGAUUUAAGCGAAUGCUCUGCAGGUGUCGUAGAGUCUCUCAGCAGAUUAAGGUUACUCAAGGUGCUGUGCAUAAGAUGGUCGUUCCGCCAAUGCACUGAUCCAAGAGUACAGGAAGCUCUAUGCUCAUGCAUACAAAGAUGGGAAUUUCUGCAGUCUCUGACAAUUCACUGUGGACUGGGUUGCCCGAUGGAGUUUCUAGCUUGUCUAACCAAUCCAUUGCCUUGUCGUGACCUUGGGAAAUUCAAGGUGACUGGAGGAAGAUUUGUGAGCCUCCCCCGAUGGUUCCAAGGCCUCGAUCGUCUUACUUCCAUAGAAAUCACGGUUUGCAGGCUAGAGCAGGAAGAUGUGCGGAUCCUCGCGUCGAUGCAUCCAUUGAAGUGCCUCGUUCUUGGUUUGCACUUCGUUCCAGAACAAGAGAUUGUGAUUGACAGAGAGGGGUUCCGAUUGCUUAGGAGAUUGUCCGUCUGCUGUCGUGUUCCGUGGCUGACUUUCAGUCAAGAGGCUAUGCCAUUUCUCACAUAUCUUGAACUGAAAAUUGGUGGAGGCCCCGGGAGUGAAGGGAGAAUUCCUUCAGGGCUUGGAAACCUCGGCCGCCUGUGGGAGCUGGCCCUUUAUUACAAUGCGUGGUACACCAACAACACCAACGUCAAAAACAUAGUCGAUGCCGUGAGAAAAGGAGUGGCCGAGCACCACAACACCAUCAACCUCAUCAUCAACGGUAUCGAGGACGAAGAGGAGUAUGUCCAGGAGGCUGGAGAUGGUGUAGCCGUCAUCAACCGCAUCCAAGAGAACAGUGAGAAUCAUCAGGAGGCUGAAGAAGACGUGGUCAGGGCAACCGGAAGCCAGAGUGAGAUCGAAAUUGUUGGCGCCCCAAAGCUGUACGAUGAGAGCACAGCUUCACAGGAUUCUCGAUGGUAUCCUGAAGACGGGCAUUGA